AUGCCUUAUGCAAAUCAGUCCAUCGUAACUGUUACGUCGCUCACAGAUGAACAAAUUAAAUUUACCAUUGAGGACACUGAUUUGAGUGUCGCAAAUGCCAUCCGGCGAGUAUGUAUUGCAGAAGUUCCUACUCUAGCAAUUGAUUGGGUUCAGAUACUUGAAAAUAGCACGAUGUUGAAUGAUGAAUUUAUAGCCCAGCGCGUUGGGUUAAUUCCCCUAACAUCUGACAAUGUUGUUGAUAAGAUGAUCUACGCUCGUGAUUGUACUUGCAAUGCCUUUUGUAAAGAUUGUGCUGUUGAACUGAACCUGGAUGAAUUUUGCACAGUUGAAAACAAGAGAAACAUCACGUCUGCAGACUUAAUCAGCAGCAACCCCGAUGUCCGACCUGUCCCUUUAGUUGAAGAUAACGAUGAUUUCCGUCCAUAUAACGUGAAACGGGAACCCAUACUGAUAGUCAAGGUUCAAAAGGGCCAGCGUUUGAAGAUUCGGGCAUAUGCAAAAAAGGGAUUUGGCAAGGAGCAUGCUAAAUGGAAUCCUACUGCGGGUGUUGGAUUUGAAUAUGAUCCUGACAACGCCUUGCGUCAUACCUUUCUACAACAUCCAGAGGACUGGCCCAGAUCAGAGUAUUCGGAGCUACCACCUAGAACUAAUGAUGGGGUCGGUCUUGAUGGUAAAGACGUCCCUGCUCAAGCACCUUUUGAUCCAUUUGGAAAGGUUCCUACAAAAUUUUACUUCAGCAUUGAGUCUUGUGGUUCUUUGAAGUCCAAGAAUAUAAUCUUCUCUGGUCUUCGUGUUCUCAAGAGCAAGUUGACUACAAUUCUUGAAAACCUCCCUCCUGAGUAA